CAGGACAGCUUCGACGACGACGCCCUGCGCGACACCUUAAAGAAGGUUCGUUUGCAAAAGUUGGUGGAUCGAUAUCCGGACCUGGGCGUGAAACAGGACUGGCCCCGCUUGUUGUCCUUGGGUGAACAGCAGCGCUUGGCCUUUGCCCGGCUCUUGCUGAAUGCGCCACGCUUUGCGGUUCUGGAUGAGGCGACCAGCGCACUGGAUGUGAACACUGAGAAGUUGCUUUACCAGAUCCUGGUGGAACGGGGCGUGGCGGUCAUCAGCGUGGGACAUCGUCCCACCUUAGCCGAGUAUCACGACCAGGUCUUGGAGCUUUCAGGUGCCGGCACCUGGCGGUUGGUGCCGGCCGCCACCUACGAGUUCGGGCAAAUCUGAGAAGAAGGCCGAGACCGGCCUUGCAUUCUGUGCGUGUUGGUGGUGCCGGAAUGUAUUUUGCGCGGCAAGUGUAGGGAAUGGUGAGGGUGCGACGCUUGGUGCAGGUGAAUGUCUGUGAUGUGUUUGCUUUGAUCCGCGCAAUUUUUGUGGAAAAAAUCGCACAACAUGUUGUUCUAAGGUUUGACGCUUCACUGUUGGAAAAGUCUCAUAUGGUCGCAUUUGGGUUCGUGGAUUCCAUCUUGCUGUUUGCUCCUCCUGCAUGUUUUCACUACAGAUUACCACUGGAAUAAGG